CCUGCCCGUGAGCAAUCUCCCAACUCAUCUCUGUAUUGAAUCGAACGUUUAUAAAAGUAAUGACUCGAGAUAAAACAUACCGACAAUAUUUGCAAGUACUCGCGAAAUGUUUAUGAAGAACUCUACGCUUAGAUGCGUUCUUAUAAUAGACUAAAGUCGUUCAAGAAAAUGACACAACGGUAUAUUCUGGCACGAGAAAAGUAGCACCGAUUUGUCUGUGUGUAUCAUUUUGAUUCGGCCUUAAUUUUGAGAAUUAGUAAAUACGAUACGAGUAAGAAAUAUCCUGGAAUCGGAGAAAGUUUGAGGCGGGGAGUAUAUAUGUACAUACAUACCGCUGGUUGCGCCUGCUGAGAAGAAUCGAUUGACACCUAACCUAAAUAUCCGAAGUCAAGUAUCCGAAUACAGGAGGGAUGGAAUUAUGUUUUUAGUUGAGGGAGGAUUGCUGGUCAUUUCUGGAAGUAUCCUUGAACCCACGCAGAAAAAUUGGGUUAUGCUGCCAACGUGAGUGUCGACGAAGAGGUUCCUGGAUUUACGAGAGCUUGUAGAAAUAACAGAGCAGGCGAAACCUCAACAUGAGUUACAGCAAGAAGGUCUCGUAUUUUUAUAAUCCGGACGUAGGCAAUUUCCAUUAUGGGCCUUGUCACCCGAUGAAACCUCACAGACUCUCCGUAAUCCAUAGUCUGGUUCUAAAUUAUGGAUUGCACAAGAAGAUGCAAAUAUACCGACCUUAUCGUGCCAGUACCCACGACAUGUGUAGGUUUCAUUCGGACGAGUACGUGGAGUUUUUGCAACGAGUCACACCGCAGAAUUUACAAGGCUACACCAAGUACUUAAGCCACAUUAAUGUUGGCGACGAUUGUCCGGUAUUCGAAGGACUUUUUGACUUUUGCUCUAUGUAUACGGGAGCCUCGUUGGAAGGUGCGACAAAGUUGAAUAACAACUGCUGCGAUAUAGCUAUAAAUUGGAGCGGAGGUUUGCAUCAUGCUAAGAAAUUCGAAGCGUCAGGUUUCUGCUACAUAAAUGACAUAGUUAUUGCCAUUUUGGAAUUGCUAAAAUAUCAUGCAAGGGUGCUUUAUAUAGACAUUGAUGUGCAUCACGGAGAUGGAGUACAGGAAGCUUUUUAUCUCACGGAUCGAGUGAUGACCGUGUCGUUUCAUAAGUAUGGGAACUACUUUUUCCCAGGCACUGGUGAUAUGUAUGAAAUUGGAGCAGAGAGUGGUCGGUAUUACUCGGUUAACGUGCCCCUAAAAGAAGGCAUUGACGAUACGUCUUACGUUCAGGUGUUCAAGCCUGUUAUAUCCCACGUGAUGGAAUUCUUUCAGCCAACCGCAAUAGUUUUACAAUGUGGUGCAGAUUCACUCGCUAACGACAGACUCGGAUGUUUUAGCUUAAGCACAAAAGGUCACGGAGAAUGUGUUAAAUUUGUAAGAGACUUAAACGUUCCACUGCUGGCCGUGGGAGGUGGUGGAUACACACUGCGUAACGUCGCACGAUGUUGGACGUAUGAAACUUCGCUGUUAGUCGACGAACAGAUUAGCAACGAACUACCAUAUACCGAAUAUCUAGAAUACUUUGCCCCAGACUUCACAUUGCAUCCCGACGUCGUGACUAGGCAGGAUAAUGCAAACAGCAAACAUUAUUUAGAAGCAAUUACAAGACACGUGUACGAUAAUUUAAAAAUGAUUCAACAUUCGCCCAGUGUGCAAAUGCAGGAUGUACCAUGCGACGCUUUACCACCAGAAGAGGAUAGGCAGCCAGAACCAGAUCCAGACUCCAGGCAGAACCCUCAGGAUACGGAUAAAGUAGUGGAACCUGCUAACGAAUAUUAUUCCGGUGAAAAGGAUCAAGACAAGAUGGACACUAGUGAGACGUGAUCGCAAAGACUAAUCUAUAAAAAACAGGCUACUGAUAUAACUCAUUGCAUUACGCGUAGACAGUGCUCUUUGCAGCGUAGUAAUAUGCAAUCCUACUUCGUUAACAGCGAGGACGUCCAUUAGGCUACAGAAAUUGUAAGAUAACUAAACCUAGCGUAAGAGAGAAGCAAACGACGAAUAAAAGUUUUUGUACGUACCAUCCACA